AUGCUGACGGUCAUCCAGAAGGAGCAGAAGCUGAGCUCCUACUCGCUCAACGCCGUGUCGGCUGAGUUCUUGGGCGAGCAGAAGGAGGAUGUGCAUCACAGCAUGAUUGGUGACCUCUUCGAAGGCAGUGCGGAAAGUCGGCGGCGUCUGGCCGUCUACUGCUUAAAGGAUGCUUACCUGCCCAUGCGCCUCAUGGACAAGCUCCUGUGCAUGUACAACUAUGUCGAAAUGGCUCGUGUCACAGGGACGCCGAUCAACUUCCUCCUCAACCGUGGCCAGAUGAUCAAAGUUCAGUCGCAGCUACUGCGCAAAGCUGGGCAGUGUGGCUUCGUGAUGCCGACGCUUCCGAAGACCGAGACCUCGAAUGACAAGUUUGAUGGCGCGACGGUCCUGGACCCGCGUCAAGGAUUCUAUCCGCAGCCCAUUGCCACACUGGACUUUGCGUCCCUGUAUCCUUCCAUUAUGAUGGCGCACAACCUGUGCUAUUGCACCCUCCUGAAGCCAGAGCAGGCCCGGGAUCUUCAGCCGGAGGAGUACACCAAGACGCCCAACGGCUGCUAUUUCCUGAAGAGCUCUCGCCGACGUGGACUGCUCCCCAUGAUCCUGGAGGAGCUGCUGGCAGCGAGAAAGCGCGCGAAGAAGGCUAUGGCGGAAGAGAGCGAUCCUUUAACCAAGUCCGUCCUGAAUGGGCGACAGCUGGCGCUGAAGAUCUCGGCGAACUCUGUGUAUGGCUUCACAGGCGCCACGGUUGGAGUGCUGCCCUGCCUGGACAUUUCGUCCUCAGUGACCGCCUUUGGUCGCACGAUGAUUGAGCACACCAAGCAGAUGGUUCAGGACAAUUUCUGCAUUGAGAAGGGCUACGCGCAUGAUGCUGAAGUGAUCUAUGGCGACACGGACUCCGUCAUGGUUAAGUUUGGUGUCGACGACAUCGCCGAGGCCAUGCGCUUGGGCCAGCAGGCCGCGGACAUGGUCUCCGCGACGUUUGCCAAGCCAAUCAAGCUGGAGUUUGAGAAAGUGUACUGCCCGUACCUGCUCAUGAACAAGAAGCGCUAUGCCGGCCUCUACUGGACAAACCCGGACAAGUACGACAAGCUGGAUGCAAAAGGGAUCGAGACAGUUCGGCGCGACAACUGCGGCCUUGCUCGACACUUGGUGGACAUGUCGCUGCGUACCAUUCUGAUCGACAAGUCGGUGCCGAAGGCAAUUGAGCUGGUGCAGAAGGCUGUCUCUGACCUCUUGCAGAACAAGAUCGACCUGUCCCUCCUGGUCAUCACAAAGUCCUUGGGCAAGGGCGCACAUGCCGAGGACUACAGUGCUAAGCAGGCCCACGUGGAGCUGGCGGAGCGGAUGCGAAAGCGCGACCCCACGACUGCGCCAGGCAGUGGAGAUCGCGUGCCCUACGUCAUUUGCGCUGGUGCGAAGAAUGCAAAGGCCUAUGAGCGGUCCGAGGACCCACUGUACGCGCUCGAGAACAACAAGUCCAUCGAUGCCGGCUACUACAUCGAGCAUCAGCUGCAGCUCCCUCUCCUGCGUAUCUUUGGGCCCAUCAUGGGUAACGACGACAAGGCACAGUCCGUGCUCUUCAACGGGGACCACACCCGCAAAGUUCACACACCCACACAGGAAGGUGGGGCCUUGGCGAAGUUUGUCACGAAAAGCUUGCGCUGCAAGGGGUGUAAGGCAGUGAUAAAGCAGGGGAUGCUUUGUGAACAUUGCCAGAAGGAGAAAGCAGCCGAGGUGGUUGUCGGCCAGAUGCAGGACUUCCAGCAGAAGGAGCAGGAGUACAAUCGUUUGUGGACGCAGUGCCAGCGUUGCCAAGGAAGCUUGCUGGAGCCCGUUAUUUGCUCCAAUCGGGACUGCGACAUCUUCUACCGGCGGGCCAAGGCCAGGAAGGAUGUGCAGCUGGCGCAGGAGCAGCUGAGCCGCUUGAAGCUGGACUGGUGA